CUCCGCCUUUCGGGAGCCCCCACCGCCUGGUUCAUUCUAGAGUCUACUGGACUCUCCUCCUCCUCCUCCUCCUCUCUGCUUCUUCUUCCUCCCCCCGCCACCCCCCAAAUACUACCGCAUCGUCUCCUUCCUCCUCCGUCAAUCUCCAAAACUCUGUCCGGCGGAGGGAACAGCGAACCGCCGAUCUCGCCGCCGCGGCUCCGAGGAUGUUCGGGGUCGUGUUCCCCGACCGGAGCUUCCCGAUCGACAUCUCCACCUUCGCCCAGAUCGACACCUUCCACUGGGUCCUCGACAUGAACACCUUCGUCGGCGAAGCCUACGACCAGGUCCGAGAGAUGUGCAUCUUCCUCCUCAACGGCCUCGCCCUCCCGCCCGACAAGGCCCUCGCCGUCUACGUCCAGUCCCCCGGGUCCCCCUUCGUCUACUGCGGCGCCGUCACCGUGUCUCGCCCCUCCGCCGUCCUCCCCCUCCCCUGGCCGGAGCCCGGGGGGGACGCCGCCGCCGGCGGGGGGGCGGCGGGGCAGCCGCUGCAGCUGACGUCGCCGGGGGCGGCGCCGCUGUCGGCGAAGAUCGGGGUGUCGGUGGAGGACCUGGGGGCGCUGCCGUCGCUGGACGCGGCGGCGGGGAGGAGGAUCGAGCGGAUGGCGAUGAGGGUCGGGGAGAACCUGUUCAACUUCAUGCAGUCGUUCUGCGGGGUGGACGGGAGCAAGCUGGUGGUGCCGACGGACAUCCUGGACCGGUGGUUCAACAAGUUCCAGGAGCGGGCCAAGCGCGACCCCGACUACCUCAAGGGCUUCGCUUUGUAGCUUUUUCUUCUCUUUUGUAUUUGUUUUUUUGGGGCUCUCUUCGUCUGUGAAAAAGGCUUUUAAAUUGAUGCUUUUGCCUCGUGACUUGUAUUCAAACGAUUGCAUCUUUGUUGAGUUGCCUAACGUUUGUACAUCAAUCUAAGCGGGCCUUAAUAUCGCCCCUGAA